CUCGCGCCGGCGCCACCUCGUCUUUUCCGGCUGCAGGUAGGUGGUUCCUGUGGUUCUGCUGGCUUCCUGCUGUUCGCGAAGCUGUUGGGGCGGGCGGUUCGGGAGAUCGGCGUUGGUUGAAAAUCACCUUCGGCUCUGACCAUGGCCGCAGGACAGCUGGAUGCUCAGAACCUGAGGCCAACGCCGCAAAGACCGUCGCGGGGCGGGGGCGGGUAGGGGGGCUUUCCUUUCAUCUUUUAAUAAAGCUGUUGAUUUAAUUUAACCGUGUGUGUGUAUGUGUGUGUGUGUGUGUUCUUGGUCCCCCCGUUAUUAGCGUGCAAAUCGCAUCUGUGGCUGCUGGGACCGAGGUGUGAGUGGAGGAGGUACCUUUGUGUUACACCUCUCUUCCAGCCAUCUCGGCUCUGCUUUGAAUGCCACACAGGGAUAGAACCCGGUCUUGAAGGUUGGCAGGCGACUCCUAACGUCCCACCCUCCAAAAUCUUAUAGGAUUUGAUGAACUCUACACUCUGCCUUCCUUGAUGGCUCAGAUGGUAAAGAACCCACCUGCAAUGCAGGAGACCCGGCUUCGACCCCUGGGUCAGGAGGAUCCCCUGGAGAAGGAAAUGUCUACCCACUCCAGUAUUUUUGACUGGAGAAUCCCAUGGACAGGGGAGCCUGGCGGGCUACAGUCAAUGGGGUCUCAAAGAGUUGGACAUGACUGAGCGAUGUAAGCCUGCGCAAACACCCAGUGGCAUGGAAACCAGUUCUCUUCUGUGCCUCCUAUAUGGUAGUUACCCAAGUUGGAAUUGGUUUACCCAUCCAUGCCUUUCCUCAUAGGCAUACCCAGGUGGUCAGAGCAGGCUCUGGGAGGCUCUCCACAUGCUAGGCUGCUGCUUUGGUACCACAGAAAUCAGGUCCUCAUCCCUGGUCUGUACCCUGGAAAUAACUGGCUCUGAUCCCAAGAGGCCUGGUGAUGGGUCAGUGUCUAAAGCCCCCAGAGCUCUUGGGGACCUAGUCACCAGGGCGGCAACAUGUGAGGAAGGAGAAACAAACCCUGCGCCUCAGCUUUGAGGAAGUAGCCCCUGGAAGCUUGGUUCCAGCCUUAGUGCUGUUUGAAGGUCAACUGUCAGCCACCCUGAAGUCAGGUUCCAGAGACCUGUCCUGGGUAUGAGUUGCCCUACCUCCGAGGCUCUUGAGGCGGGAGCAGAGCCAGGUGGUACCCUGGGCCAGGGCUGUGAUUGGCCCGAGCUGGACAAUGCUCCUGUGAUGUCAGCCUGCUCCUGCUAUGAAAUGGCAACUCCUGAGCCCUGGCUUCAGUGGAGCUGCCGUCCAGACACAGAUCAUGAGUGGCGGGUAUGAUCUCAACCUCUUCACCAGCCCUCCCGAUUGCAACUUCCUGUGUUCUGUCUGCCACGGAGUUCUCAAGAGGCCGGUGAGGUUGCCGUGCAGCCACAUCUUCUGCAAGAAAUGCAUCCUCCGGUGGCUAGCCAGACAAAAGACCUGUCCAUGCUGCAGGAAAGAGGUGAGACACAGAAAGAUGGUCCAUGUGAAUAAACUCCAGAAGAUCAUUGGCCGCUUGGAAGUCAAGUGCAGGAACGCCGAAGCUGGCUGCCAGGUGACGUGCCCCCUGGCCCAUCGCAAGGGACACCAGGACUCAUGCCCCUUCGAGCUGAUGGUCUGCCCCAAUGAAGGCUGCAUGUCGCGGGUGCCUCGUGGGGCCCUGGCUGAGCACAGGCAGAACUGCCAGCACGGUGCCCAUCAUCGCUGCUCCCUGGGCUGCGGGGCUACCCUGGGCCCAGCCGAGCAGGCAAACCACAACUGCUACCGGGAGCUGCGAGAGGCCUGGUGCCAGUGCCAGCAGCGCAGCCGGACCUUGGUGCUCUGCCUGCUGCAGCACAUGCGCAAAAUGCACCGGACCACCGGCCUCAUCCGCCGGCAGCUGGCGGACUUCCUGGAGGAAGAUGACCCCCUGCUCGUGGGUGCCCCGCAAGAGGAGGCUGAGGCCACCCCAGAAGGCAGCAUUGGGGUUGAGGUUGGGGGCCCCAGGGCCAAGCUGCCUUGUAAAUAGAGGGUAAAUAAAUGCAGAGCCCAGGCCUGGCCGCCUUAC